AUGGAGCAGCUCCAGAGACAACAGGAGGCCAAGCUGGAGAUGGACCGGCAGGAGAAACACCUCCGCCAGGCCCAGAAGAUGUUCGCUAAACACGUAGCCGCGGCCCGGGUCACUGGAGCCCCCCUGGACUCUGCCUUCCUGGCCAAACGGGUAGAAGGAACCGGGACAGGAAGGACUCCUCAGAUGGGUCAGCAACAGACAGAGGCUGGUGGCCAUAACAGCAACAGCAACACCAACACUGGGAGCUGUGUGGAUAGGGGGAACGAGAACGGAGAAGAGGGACUGGGAGGUGACGGGUCGGAGGAGGAGGAGGAGGAAGAGGAAGAAGAAAGGAUGGAGGGUGAAGAAGAGGAUGAUAGAAUGGAGCAUGGCCACAUGACGAAGAUGUCUCCCCUCCAGCAGGAGCGUUCCUUGUCAUCUUUUCCUCCGUAUUGUACCUCCCCGUCAGCGGCUGCCAAACACAGAGCCGCUUCCCCUCCUAUGAAUCUAAAGCGAGGGUCUGGGGAGAAGGACCUGUCUACCGCAGAACAACGCUUCACAUCACCCAAUGGAUUUGGAGAUUGGAGCUUUGAUGACGGACCAUUUAAGCAAGUAAGUUGAAUUUCACUGCUCAACCCCUACCCCUCUAUAAGAUGAAAUUUGAAAUGUUUUUUUAUUUUUUAUUGCAGAAAGCCUGGAGUAUGUUCUUCUUUUCACUUUAA